ACCUGUUGCACCUUCAGCCCACAGCCCACAGAAGUCCUCUUUGCACCCACAAGUUUCGACGCAACAGUCACCAUCCAGAGGCCAAGCUUUUUUUUUAUUUUUAUUUUCGCGUGGCAGGUCCCUUGCUCGAAUGCGUGUGUGUGAUCGUCCACGCUUCUUUCUCACCUGGGCUCUCCACUCCGAAAGAAUGAUGAAAUCCUGCACCCCGAACCACUGCCAUGCAACCAUUUCGAAAAAUUCACCUUCGGUUGGAACCCUUGGCAAACUUGGCAGCUGCCUUGUUCCUUGAUACCGGGGAUCGCUACGGCUACUACAUAGUACGACUCGAAAUGAUCCUCAUCCUCACCAAACGCCCCUGUUUUAGGGAAUGAUAGGCGUUCGUUCUGAUACAGACCGAAAUCCCCAACCACACACCCCCCAUCCAGUCCCCAUCCUCCCCUAAAUCAACUCUUUCUUCUUCACCCCUUUCAAAUCUUUCGUUACCAGCAAACCAGUUAGCGCCCUUUUUUUCUUCUGCUUGGCGACUAAGCUCCACACGCCAAGUAUUCAUCUCGAAUUUGACUGCCGUUCUAGGCUUCUGGGGCAACCCCAAAGAGUCCCGCGAAAAGGUUCGACAUGGGAUGGAGAGAAAAAAAACGGUUAUGGAUCUCGAAUUUGCUGAGCGGCUCUUUUUUCUUGGCCCAGGUAUCAUAGUACACAGCCCUCUGAUAUUUGUUUGGAUCCAGUUUGUUCUCUCUUGGCAGGUCCCAAUCGGUAUCAACUGCCGUGUUUCUUACAUAAUAAUAUCUAUUCUCUAUUCCUCCCAGUUGGGGAGAAGCUUGAGAGAGCAAAAAAGCUCACCCCCUUGCCAAACUCAGAACAUCCUUGCAAGGGUCGUUGUCAUCCAACGCGAGCCCGGCCGGCAGAGCUGAAAAAGUUGAGGGAUUGUCAGAUCCUUUCCUGUCACCCUAACCGAUCUCCACGCCCCAUGCCCCAGGGGGACAAGGGAUGGGGCAGCAUAUGGUCAACUCGCACGCCCCCGUCCGCAACCCCCGAACCCCCAGUCGCUACCGUUUGCCAAGCUAGGCAGUUUAAUGAGUCCAGGUUGUGCCAUGCGCCUCUUCAUAAACUUCACUGCCUUCGGUAAGAUACCUGUAGAGGUAAGCGGAAGCGCUGAUGUAGCAACCCGGUUGGAAAAAAAAAAGGUUCUCCCGUCAAGGAUGGCACGGCCGGCUUGGGCUACCACACUCGGAUACUACCCCAAGGUCUUGAAUGAGAGAACAAGAUGAAUAUAAACGUCCGCUUCCCCUCCACUUCGAGAUUCAGACUCUUUACUCUACUCCCCAUCAGCCUCUGGAGCCUGGUAUUUUGCAUUCGAGUUUCUUGCUGGGUUUUCUUUUCGUUGCUUACCUUUUUGUUCUUUUCACUUCACUUCAACAUUCCUUUUCAAGAGCUGUGCUCUCCAUACUACUCCUUUUUUAUAAAAACAGUUCAGUUCGACAGGUUCAACUCAGCCCAUCAAAAUGAAGAACUUCGGAAGCAUCUCCCUCCUGCUGCUGGCAGCGACCUCGUACGUUGCCGCCAGGCCGGCCGUCGAAAUUUCAGACCUGCGCAUGCACGUCCGCAGUAGUGAGGCUGCAGCCCCGGUGGUGGCCGAUGCCGCCGCCGCCGCCCCCGCCGCUGAGGAGAAGAAGAAGGAGGGCGCCGCCGCCGCCCCUGCCGCUGAGGAGAAGAAGAAGGAGGGCGCCGCCGCCGCUCCCGCUCCUGUUGCUGCCGCUCCGGUGGCCGGCGCCAACGCCACUGCUCCUGCCGCCGGCCAGGGCAAAGACGCCAAGGGAAAGGAUGCCAAGGGUAAAGAUGCCAAGGGUAAAGAGGCCAAGGCAAAGGACGGAAAGAAGGCUAAGGCUGGAGCCGGAGCCGCCAACGCUACCGCUCCCGCCGACAAGAAGCGCAAGAAGGCCAAUGCCAAGAAGGCUGACCUGAAGAAGGGUGCCGCCAAGGCCGGAGCCGGUGCUGCCAACGCAACUGCACCCGCUGGCAAGGAGGGCAAGAAGGCCAAGAAGGCCGGCGGUGCCAACCUCGCCGCUGGUAACGGAACAGCCGUCGAUGCCGGCAAGGGCAAGAAGGACAAGGACGCCAAGGGCAAGGAUGCUAAGGGCAAGGACGCCAAGGGCAAAGAUGCCAAGGGCAAGGACGCCGAGGGCAAGGACGCAAAGAAGUCGCUCGACAGCCUCCUCGCCCAGCUCGGCGGUGGUGCUGCCGGCGCCGGCAAGGCAAACGCAGGUGAAGGUGCAGGUGCGACCGGAGGACUCCAGAGUCUCCUGACACAGCUCCAGGGUCUCACCGGUGGCGCCGGUCAGGGAGGUGGUGUCGGCAACCUGCUCGCCCAACUGGGAGGCGGUGCUGCUAAGAAGACGGCCAAGCGCAGCCCCGUCACUCUGGUCCAGGACCUUGAGUAAAUUCUUUGUCCUUACCAGCUAGCGUGGUUUUACGCCAUGCUUUCUUUUCGGUUCCAUCAGAGUCAGCAGAUGCAACACCCUUGCAACCUUGACAGUGUUUCUGCCCCAGCGGCAGAAUACAUUGCCGCCCCGAGGUUGUCCAUAGCUUCGGACCAAGUAUCGAAAGCUACUUUCGGCCCAGCCAACGGCCAUCCUCCACCUUUCUUCUCUUCAUCGUCGCUCGCCUGAGGCGAAGCGUCUCGCGUCGACAAUGUUGAUGUGUUAACUUAGCCACUUUUUUGUUUCCUUUUGUCGGUUUUUUUUUCUUGGUCAACGGCGGCUUCUGGGUUUUGUUUCUGAAUUUUUCCUAUCUUCUAGACGGGUUUCACGAGUAUAUACCCCCACCACGCAAGAGGGACGGUCCCAAAAGUUCGACAGCUUUCCUUUUCAUGUGCCAGGCAUUGGGAAGCUGCGAAUAGGGGGGGAUCGACUGGGGGCCACGGGAUCCAACAGGGCUUUGUUGCUUGGGUUGUUGGUUUCUUGUAUCAUGAGCACAUGGACUGUCGACUGAAAUUCAGACCCAUUGAGUGCAAAA